CUAUCCGCUGUCCCAGACCGGUUUCAGGGCAAAGCUGCCAUGCGUUCCGGGGGCCGCGGGCGGCCCCGGCUACGGCUCGGGGAACGCGGCCUUUUGGAGCCACCCUCACCGCCCAAGCGCCGCCUGCUACCUCGGGCGCAGCUGUUGCCUCUGCUGCUGCUGGCGCUGGCGGUGGCCUCGGUGUUAUACACCAGUUGGAGCGGCUGGCACCGCCAGACUGAGGAGCUGCCGCUAGGCCGGGAGCUGCGGGGCCCGUCGAUCGGAAGUCUCCCCGAAGCCGGGGUGCGGAGGGUGGUGGGGCAACUGGACCCUCACCGUCUCUGGAACAAUUACCUGCGCCCCCUGCUGGUUGUGCGGACCCCCGGCAGCCCCGGCAAUCUCCAAGUCAGAAAGUUCCUGGAGGCCACACUGCGGACCCUGACGGCAGGCUGGCAUGUAGAACUGGACCCCUUCACAGCCUCGACCCCCCUGGGGCCACUGCACUUCAGCAACGUGGUGGCCACGCUGGACCCAAGGGCUGCCCGUCACCUCACCCUUGCCUGCCAUUACGACUCGAAGCUCUUCUCAUCUGGGUCAGCCCCCUUUGUGGGGGCCACGGAUUCGGCUGUGCCUUGCGCCCUCCUACUGGAGCUGGCCCGGGCCCUGGACCUGGAGCUGGCUAGAGCCAAGGAGCAGGCAGCCCCAGUGACCUUGCAGCUGCUCUUCUUGGACGGUGAAGAGGCACUGAAGGAGUGGGGACCCAAGGACUCGCUUUACGGCUCCCGGCACCUGGCCCAGCUCAUGGAGUCUGCACUCCAUGGCCCCGGCUUCACCAGGAUCCAGGCUAUUGAUCUCUUUAUGCUUCUUGAUCUCCUGGGAGCCCCCAACCCGACCUUCUACAGUCACUUUCCUCGCACGGCCCGCUGGUUCCAUCGGCUGAGGAGUAUUGAGAAGCGCCUGCACCGUCUGAACCUACUGCAGUCUCAUCCUUGGGAAGUGAUGUACUUCCAGCCCGGGGAGCCCCCUGGCUCUGUGGAAGACGACCACAUCCCCUUCCUCCGCCGAGUUCCUUCUCCAGAAUGGCAGCCUUGCUACCGCAUCAGUCCAAACCCAACUCCCACAUGGAUGUGCUGUGGGGAGCCCACAGAAGAUGUGCUCGUAAGCAGGGAACAGAGGAGAUGGAAGCCAAUACUUGGGAACUCCAGAUUCUGCCAGAUCCAAUGGCCAAUAAACCAGUGUUUCUGCAAAAUCUAUCCUGUAGAACUAGCAUACAUAGGUGUUGCAUGAAAAGGGGGACCGAAGUGGGGUGAGACAACAUUAAAUGAGUUUCUUCGUUUGCGCAAUGUGAAUUUUCAAGAAAGAGAAUGCAGUGUUCCUCAAAGUAUUUCACCACGGAACCCCUUUAUUGGGAAGCACCUCACAGAACCAUGGUACCUCAGAAGAUACUUCGGGAAACACUGGGUUUUGAUAGUUUGAGUGUACUUAUGGUAGAAAUGGGUCAGACAGAUCUAGACUCACUGUAAACUAGUUACACCAAACCAUCCUUUCCCUUUGGGCUGUGGGUACAGGAGUGGGAGAUGGUGUAACUGCAAACUCUAGUGAUGACCCAAGAAAUUAUUUUCCAGCCCUAACUUUCAGACUUAACUGGGGUGCUUAUUUAAAAAUGCGGGGAAUUCCCUGGCGGUCCAGUGGUUAGGCCUCGGCACUCUCACUGCCAGAGCCCGGGUUCAACCCCUGGUCAGGGAACUAAGACCCCGCAAGCUGCGCAGUGAGGCAAAUAAAUAAAUAAAUAAAUAAAUAAAUAAAUAAAAUGCAGACUCCCAGGUCCCACCUACUGAAUCAACUUCAGGGAGGGGCUGGGACUCUAACAAGCACCUGAGGAAGUCUCAUGAUCAGCAAACUUUGGGACAUGCUGUCCUUAAGGAUACAAGUUUGGUUCAUUCACAGCUCCUUAGCAAACCUAAAGGGCACCUAGACAGGAAGUCCCGUGUUGGGCUCUGUACCUGCUGAUUUCUUGACUUCAAUGGAGACCUGGUAGGACACAGGGAUGCCAGGCCAGGAGGCAGGGUUAAAGAGUGAAGGUAGGGGGCCUCCCUGGUGGCGCAGUGGUUGGGAGUCCGCCUGCCGAUGCAGGGGACGCGGGUUCGUGCCCCGAUCCCGGAGGAUCCCACGUGCCGCGGGGCGGCUGGGCCCGCGAGCCAUGGUCGCGGGGCCUGUGUGUCCGGAGCCUGUGCUCCGCAACGGGAGAGGCCACAGCGGUGAGAGGCCCGCGUACAGCAAAAAAAAAAAAAAAAAAAAAAAGAGUGAAGGUGAACGUCAGCCUCGCAAGCCAACUCAAGGCUGGCGAGGACUCGAGAGAACUCACGGGCUGAGGGACAAUUUCGGUUCUCAUUUUGCAAAUGAGGUGGCCAGGGCUGAGAAUUACGAACCAGUUAUUGACAGAGCCCAGAUUCUCACCCACAGCUGUGCUCCUAUCCCCAUGUCCUACCUCCCUUCCAAAAAUCACCUGUGCCGGACCAACAGAUUGUUGGUCAAAAGUAGCUCCUCCUGAGGCUUUUAACUCGCUGCAAGUCUGAGUGAGGUUUGGGGGGUGGGGACUAACAGCCUCUUAGAGGUGGAAUUGGCAGAAGUUGCCUUCAGAAAGGAAAUUGACAGAUAUCAACAGCUAGGGGGGCAGGAGGGUCUCAAAUCACAAAGUUAGUUCUUGUUUGUUCAUUUCUUGUGUGGCAGGCAUGGUGCCAAACACUUAAAAGUGCAGCAGGUCCCCUUAGCCUCACAGCCAUCCCAGAAGUAGGUGAGACCAUCACCUCCAUGUUAGGGGAAGCAGUGUGUUCAGUGACGUCCUUGGCCCCUUGCCUCCCUGCAGGUCAUCUUGCUGAGUGUACUACACGCCAGGUUCUGGGCAAGGGGCCUGGGCACAUUUUCCACUUGAAUCCAGGGUAAGGAUCAUGAGCCCCAUUUUACAGAUGAGGCUGCUGAUGCUUGGCAAGGUGAUGUUUCCCCCAGCUCCCAUCUGUCCCCGAAACUUAGGCUCCCCCAGCUUCACACUAUGAAGAGGCCAUGAGGUGUCUUUGGUGAGCACAACUGUUGAACAUUCCAGAUGCAACAGCUCUCAUGUCAGUCUUUUGAGGAACUGUCAGUAUUCUCAUUCUUCAAAUUAAGAAACUGAGCUUCAGAGAAAUCAAUUGCUGAAGAUCACAGCUGGACACUUUCACUGCAUGUGUCUAGGUAUUCAUUUCUUUUUAUUUAUCCUGCCUAUGACUCACUGGGCAUACCGGUCUUUUUACCAGUCUGGAAUUUGCAAUUAUCGUGUCCUUAAAUAUCAUUGCACCACUCUCUGAUUCUAGAACGUCAGUUAAAUGUGUUAGACUUCCUCACUCUAUCCUCCAUAACCUUCCUUCCUGUUUUCUUUCUUUUUUUGGUCUCUGUGCUACUUCAGACCUAGCUUUAGUUCAAUAAAUCUUUUUUUUAAUUAA